UCAAGGCACCAAAUGGAGCUAUUUAAAGGUUCGCGAGAUUUUUUACGUUCAUAAAGAGCAAAACUUCUUUUUUCUAGACGUUAUGCAGUUCGGAUACUUUUUGUGCUUAAUCUGUUUUUUCAGCAUUUUAAAUGGAAAAGUUCAAGGUGAUGAUCCCUUCAAUUCGAUGCUAUCAUUACGAUUUAAAUGUUUCAGCGAAGAACAGAAAGACUGCAAUGAAGAAUUCACAGAUGUCUAUAAAGAUCUCUCUCGGUCGGUCAGGAAUGAUACUAAGGCUGAUACUUACUUCUACCUCUUUACAAGGAGGAACUGGGACAAGCCAGAGUUGCUCCAUAAAUGUGGUGGCAAAUUACCAAGCAGUACAAACUUUGAUCCCAGUAAAACAUUUAUAAUUUUCCUCCCAGGGUUUUUGUCCGGUGUAUGUGACAAUGCAUUUCCAAGGGAAUAUAAGAAUGAAUUUCUGAAAAAAGGAGAUUACAACGUUUUAUUACCAGAUUAUUCUUGGGCUCAUGAGUUUGACUACUCCUCCGCUUUAGCAAAUAUACAGCUAAUUGCAAAGCAGAUAGUGACAGUUCUCCAGAAUAUUCAGGACCAAACUGGAAUUACUUACGAUAAAUUCUAUGUCAUAGGACACAGUUUCGGUGCACAACUUGCCGCUCGAAUAGGAGCCAUUUUCAAAGUGCACAGAAUUACAGGCUUGGAUCCUGCAAGACCAGGGUUUCCUGAAAGCCUCCCUUCUUCAGAAAGACUGGACCCGAGUGAUGCUGAAAUUGUAGAUGUUUGGCACUGCAAUGCUGGAGCAUGUCUUCCAAAUUUUGGACUGGAUUAUGAUGCUGGACAUGUGAACUUUUACGUAAACGGAGGAAGUAUACAAACACCAUGCUACACUUCUGCACUGCAAUCCUUACUAAAAGGGGAUUUAAAAAUUGGACUUGGAUCCCUAUUAAUUCCAACAGUAUGCUUUCACAUCCGAUGCUUGGAAUACUAUAAAGUUUCUAUUAACCCAGAGCACUGCCAGUUCGUAGGAGUACAGUGUAAUAACUAUGAGGAUUUUGUGAAUGGAAAGUGUAAGAGCUGUGGGAGAAGCGGGCAGAAAUGCGCUAUUAUGGGUUUUGAUUUUGAAGCAUUUUCGCCUGAACAAGCUUUAAGACGUAGAAAGAAAUUUAAAAAGUACUAUGUGGAAACAGAUGAUAUUUGCCCAUACUGCAAAACUGAUGCAGUUGAUCUUGAUGGAUUUAAGGACCUUUAUGAAUCUUCACUUGGAAGCAAUAAUGAAGAUUAAAAGAGAUAGGGUUUACAAAUGUAAUCUGGGAAAUAUUUCUCUGUAGUCUGCGAAACGGAAAUAAAACCUUUUUUUAAACGAA